GUGGCCAACGUGGGUGCUUCUGCUGACAACGUCUUCACGACAUCAGUGGCAAAUGCGGCCUCGAUCUCAGGACACGUUCUGCUCCUCACCACAGCUUGGCCUGGUGGCACCUGACAGAGCCCAGGGCUCUUUGCUUCUGGAGCCUUCUCUGCUGGGCUUGAAGGAGGCAGUCAGCCAAGGCGGAGCUAUACUUGGAGGCCUGAUCAACGUUCAGAUUUGGCCAAAGACUGUCCAUCGCAUUGUUCCCUGGGGAAGGAAAGUGUGUGUGUCUCCUGGAUGGGAACAGACACGUGGAGGAGCUGGAAGGGCCUCCGAACCCUGUGGCCAGGACAGUACCUCUCCUGUCAUCACCAGGUGGCCUCGUGGUGCCCCAACAUGGGGUAACCAACCCAAGGGCAGUGAGUUCCUGCCGGGUCAGAUGCUCUGUGACCCCCAAAUCCCCUCGUGCCUGGGGGUCUGGCUCUGCCUUCUCACCUUGUUCACAGGGCCAUGAGUCCUGGAAGAGACCCACUGAUGCCGUGUUCUUCCAGCUUUGCCGUAACAGGAGCACCACGAUCAGGCAGGACGGCCCUUCAGAUCGGGGAUAGUCUGAACACUGAGAAGGCCACCCUGAUUGUUGUCCACACAGACGGGAGCAUUGUCGAGACCACCGGGCUGAAGGGACCAGCGGCCCCUCUCACCCCAGGUCCGCAAUCUCCUCCAACCCCUCUAGCCCCUGGCCAAGAAAAAGGUGGGACCAAGUAUAACUGGGACCCCUCGGUGUAUGACAGCGAGCUCCCUGUGAGGUGCCGGAACAUCAGCGGCACGCUAUACAAGAGCAGGCUCGGCUCAGGGGGCCGGGGGCGUUGCAUCAAGCAGGGAGAGAACUGGUACAGCCCGACAGAGUUCGAAGCCAUGGCGGGAAGAGCUAGCAGUAAAGACUGGAAAAGAAGCAUCCGCUACGCAGGAAGACCACUGCAGUGCCUCAUUCAGGACGGGAUCCUGAAUCCUCACGCUGCCUCCUGUACCUGUGCUGCCUGCUGUGACGACAUGACCUUAAGCGGGCCGGUCAGGCUUUUUGUACCUUACAAACGGCGCAAGAAGGAAAACGAGAUGCCCACGACCCCAGUCAAGAAGGAUUCUCCCAAAAACAUCACGCUGCUCCCAGCCACAGCCGCCACCACCUUCACCGUGACCCCCUCGGGACAGAUCACUACCUCUGGCGCACUGACCUUCGACCGGGCGUCUACAGUGGAGGCCACGGCUGUCAUAUCAGAGAGUCCAGCCCAGGGCGAUGUCUUCGCUGGAGCCACAGUGCAGGAAGCAGGCGUGCAGCCCCCGUGCAGGGUCAGCCACCCGGAGCCCCACUACCCUGGCUACCAGGACAGCUGUCAGAUGGCCCCGUUCCCGGAAGCCGCUUUGCCCACAUCUCAUCCCAAGAUAGUGUUGACAUCCCUGCCCGCCCUGGCGGUCCCACCCUCCACCCCCACCAAAGCUGUGUCUCCCACAGUGGUCAACGGGCUGGAGAUGUCGGAGCAGCGGAGCUGGCUGUACCUGGAGGAGAUGGUUAACUCCCUGCUCAACACGGCGCAGCAGCUGAAGGCAUUGUUUGAACAGGCCAAGCAGGCCAGCUCCUACCGAGAAGCCGCCAUGGCCCAUGCCAAGGUCCAGGCCGAUGCAGACAGGAAAGAGCAGUCCUGUGUCAACUGCGGCCGGGAGGCCCUGAGCGAGUGCACCGGCUGCCACAAGGUCAACUACUGCUCCACCUUCUGCCAGCGCAAGGACUGGAAAGACCACCAGCAUGUGUGUGGCCAGUCGGCAGCAGUCACCGUCCAGGCAGAUGAGGUCCAUGUCGCUGAGAGCGUCAUUGAGAAAGUCACCGUGUGAGGGACCCCGGACAUGAGAGACUCCCCGACAUGAGGGACCCCGACACUGAGGAGACGUCUGGAGUGGUUGCUGUAGGAAGCUUGCCAACCAAGUUAUCAACAGACAUUGAGUGGACCCUGUGCCUACUCGUGAGUCCUUCCCGGACCUGGAGGACAUUUGGUCAUCGUUGGGCAGACGGGGACAGUGAAAGGACGCUGAGGGGACAGCAGUGGGUGCUGAGGGGACAGCGAGAGGACCCUGAGGGGACAGCGAGAGGACCCUGAGGGGACAGCGAGAGGACGCUGAGGGGACAGCGGUGGGGGCGCUGAGGGGGUGGUAUGGCCCGUCCUCCUCACGGUGCUCUUUUCUCCCGGGUCUACACAUAUGCCUGUCCGUCAAUAAAUCUGAGGCCGCCCUGCCCCACCGGACGGUCUGCUUAUCCUCAGUACAGCCGGGGUCGUGGGGGGCAGUUCUGUUUGUCCUCACUGUGCUGAGGAUGCUGCCAAGUGGGCUGCCUGCCAGCACAACACCGUGUCCCUGUCAGCUGCUCCUGUCAUGUGAGCCCUGGGAGCUGUGUGACUGCCCCAGAGCACUCGGUGUCUGCAUUUGCCCCCACCGGGGCUGGCAGGAGACACAGACCGCACCUGAGAACUCUGGGCAGUCUGGACGAGGCCAAACUCCAAUGACCGGUAGUUCUGUCUGUGUCCCUGGCCCAGUGGGCCCUCCCAGCUGAGUCAGGAUUACAGGGCCCUACUCACAGCUGAUUGGGAAACUUCCCAUGGGCAGAGACAGACUCGCUGGACAUGCAGAGAGCUCUACGCAUGGGCAGCCUGUGCCUGGCAUCCGCAUGGCAGGGUCCACGUUGUCACUGGCCUCUCUUGGUGGUAGAUGCCAGCUGGCCAGGCCAACAAGUGAGACCUCAGGGCACCCAGGAUCAGGG